GCUAGUGCUGACAGUGCAGCUCGUAUCGCGGCUGGUUCUGUAUUGGGCUUCAAUUUUCAGCUGUACUUCCAGAAGUAUCAGACACUUACAGCCACAGACUUGACGUAGUGAUCUUCUCUCUCAGCCCACUAUUGCCUUAGUAGAAUGUAAAGUUGCGUUGACUAUCUCAAUUGUAUUUAAAGUCAACUCCAUUCCCGCAACAGACCAAACUCUCAUCAUCACUCAACAGCCAUCAAUCAAUCACCCCGCACUACAGCACUCGGUUAGCUCACACUUUCACAUCUUCACAUUUCAACCACCAAAAUGCAUUUUGCUACCAUCAUCGCUACUGCUGCUCUCGUCAUGGGCGUCGCUGCUGAGCCUGCUUCCAAGGAUCUCCCCUUCAACGUCAUUUCUGCCCGCAUUUGGAGCUCUAAAGACUGCGGAGGUGACAACAACAACGGAAACCUCGGUGAAUUGACCACGCAUCGUGAUGAGCUCAAUGAAUGCUUCAAGUUCACCGACAAGGUCAAAUCUGUGAGCCAGUAUGAGCAUGCUAAAGGCUGCAAGCUUCUUCUUUUCACAGACAGCAACUGCAAGCGUGGACAGAAGACUGUCAAGGAUGACCAGUGUCGAGAGACUUCUUCUCACUUCAGCAGCUACAAGACUGUUUGCAACUGAUUUCACGACCGAUGAGUUGACAUAUAAUGAUGCAUUAAUGGGCGCGAGAUGAUAAUGGACUAAUGGCUGAGACGAUAAUGGCAGCAUGAGACCGAGUUAUGGACAUUCCUUUAGCAAAGAGGUCGUAUGAAUUAAUAUACAGCAUUGAAUUAACUAAGAUUAUGCAUGAUUUGAACCAGAUCCACUGUCUAAACUCCCUCUAUGCUUGUCUUGUCUUCUAAAGGGCAUAUCCCACAUACCCUGGUCUCAUAUCUUGAACGUGUCGCUUAAGCAGUGCCCUGGGUGAGGUAGCCAGUGAGGCCAUCGAAGAUGUUGGAGACGGGCUGGAUGAUGGGUCCAAGAGGAGUGCCCGAAAGGGUGUUAAGGAUGUUGGAGAGGAUGUCGACGAGACCGGGAACGAUGUCGCCGAUGAGCUGGGUGACGAGGCCGAGGAGGGUGGCGACGGUCUGGAAGAGGAGCUCGAAAGCGCUGCCGAUAACGUUGUCGAGACCAAGGAUGCUCAGGACCUCCUUGGCGACACCGACGAGCUCGUGGAGAAGCUGGAUGACAAGGCCGAGAAUGACCUUGACGUCGGGGAUGUUGAUCUUGAUGCUGACGACAUCCUUGAGCUGGUUGACAACGGCGGUGAGGAGCACGUUGAGGGAGUGGACUUCGGCAGUGACGACCUUG